GUGGUUCCAGUUCCCGGUGGUUCCAGUUCCCGGUGGUUCCAGUUCCCGGUGGUUCCAGUUCCCGGUGGUUCCAGUUCCCGGUGGUUCCAGUUCCCGGUGGUUCCCUCUCCGUGCAGAUGUGGCUCCUGGCGGCCGCGGCCCUCGUCCUGCUGUGCGCGGCCCCCGUGGCCCCGCAGUUCCCCCGGGCGUGCUCCACGGAGGAGGCGCUGCGCUCCAAGGAGUGCUGCCCGGCCUGGGCCGGCGACGGCUCGGCCUGCGGGGCGGCGUCGGGCCGCGGCUCCUGCGAGGACGUGCAGGUGUCGGCGCAGCCCGACGGGCCCCAGUACCCGUUCUCCGGCCUGGACGACCGGGAGAAGUGGCCACUGGUCUUCUACAACCGCACCUGCCGCUGCGCCGGCGCCUACAUGGGCUUCAGCUGCGGGGACUGCAGCUUCGGUUUAACCGGACCAAAGUGCACGGAGCGGCGCUCGCGCCUGCGCAGGAACGUCUUCCACCUGACGCGUGCCGAGCGGAGCCGGUUCGUGUCCUACCUGAACCUGGCGAAGAGAACCAUCAGCCGCGACUACGUGGUGGCCACGGGGACGUACACGCAGAUGCAGAACGGAUCCAGGCCGAUGUUCGCGGACGUGUCGGUGUACGACGUGUUCGUGUGGAUGCACUACUACGUGUCGCGCAGCGCGCUGCUGGGGCCCCCGGGGGCCGUGUGGAGCGACGUGGACUUCGCCCACUGGGCCCCGGCCUUCCUGCCGUGGCACCGCGCCUACAUGCUGCACUGGGAGCAGGAGAUCCGCCGGCUGACGGGGGACGAGGAGUUCACCGUGCCGUACUGGGACUGGAGGGACGCCACGGCCUGCGACGUCUGCACCGACGAGCUGAUGGGGGCCCGGAGCAACCUGAACCCCAACCUGAUCAGCCCCGGCUCCGUGUUCUCAUCCUGGGAGGUCCUGUGCACCCGGAUGGACGACUACAACAGCAGGGGGGUGUUGUGUGACGCCACGGCCGAGGGCCCGCUGCUCCGUAACCCCGGCAACCACGACCGGAACCUGGUGGAGCGGAUCCCCACGUCGGAGGAGGUGGAGUUCACCGUCAGCCUCCCCGACUACGACACGGGGGCCAUGGACCGCAGCGCCAACAUGAGCUUCAGGAACACGCUGGAAGGCUUCGGCAGCCCCCGGACCGGCCUGGGGAACAGCCGUCUCUUGGGGAUGCACGCCGCGCUGCACGUCUUCAUGAACGGAUCCAUGUCGUUGGUUCAGGCGUCGGCUAACGACCCCAUCUUCCUGCUGCACCACGCCUUCGUGGACAGCAUCUACGAGCAGUGGCUGCGGCGGCACCGCCCCCUCCCGUCCCAGUACCCACAAUCCAACGCUCCCAUCGGACACAACAGCGAGUACCACAUGGCUCCGUUCCUGCCGCUGCACCGGAACCAGGACUACUUCCUGUCCAGCACGGAGCUGGGCUACGAGUACACCUACCUGCUGGGACCGGGCGAGCGUCUGUCAGAGUCCCUGCGUCCCUACGUGGAGGAUCUACGCCAGGCCUGGCCCUGGCUGCUGCUAGCGGUUCUCGUCGGGGCGUUGCUAACGCUAGCCGGGACGGCCGCGGUGCUGAAGGCCAAGCAGCCAAUCAGAGGCCUGUCCUGGCUGCGUGGGCGGAGCCGCAGGAACGUGUCCGCCCUCCCGGAGAGUCAGCCGCUCAUCCGCCGCCACGACAAGGAGGAGUCCAACCUGCACAACUACCAGACUACCAUGUAGCCGCCGCGGGAGAGGGCCGCGCUACGCUGGAACCUGCACAACUACCAGACUACCAUGUAGCCGCCGCGGGAGAGGGCCGCGCUACGCAGCUACACGGCCAAUGGGAAUUAUACAUAUUAAACAUUUCUCUGUAUAUUAUUAUAUUUUAAAUGUGUCAAAG